AUGUAUCAGCUUCCCCAUGAAAUCGUCCAACUCGUUGUUUAUUACGUUGGCGACGAUCAAGACACAUUGGCGGCACUCAAUCGUACCAACAGAGCACUCUACAACGCGACGCUUUGCACCCUUUAUCACGCCCCCUCAUUCACAUCGGUCCAUCAGUUUCGAGUGUUUGUUGAAAACCUCUCGCCAAAAACUGCAAGCAAAGUGCGCAAGAUCGAUCUCAAGCAUCUGCCUCAUCGGUGGAACGCUGCUUUAAGCGAGCAUGUGAUGGCUCUGUUGCGUAAGGCUGACAAUAUCAAUUAUCUCGAUCUAUGCUUAUGUCGUAUCAACCAACGCGUAUCCAGGUUGGCAAUCGAAAAGUGGCCACUGCAAUACUUAUCGCUCAACUCGCAUCGCAACGUGAAUGAUGACUUGUUCGCCUCGUUACCCAGCAAUUGUUUGGAGAAUCUUCUUGAAGUGGAUUUGGGAGAAACGAAUAUCACCGACCAAAGUCUGAUGAUCUUGGCGGAUCGUUGCCCAAAGCUGAAUUCAUUGGAACUUGAAGGAUGUCAACAUGUGACCGAAGUGGGAAUCGAAUACGUGACCAAGAAGUGCCAACAAUCACUCAAGUUCUUGAAUAUCAGGGAUUGCUUCAAUGUUGUCCCGGGGCCGGACAAUAAUCUGGAUGGUACACACGUUGUGAUUGAUUGGGCAGCGUGGGGAUUCGAAGAUGUGAUUGAUGAUGAUGAUGAUGAUGACGACGACAACAACAACGAGAACGCGUAG